AUGGAGUUUUUGGUGAGCUUUUUUUCAGAAUUUUUUUCUGGGAGAUUAUAUAAAAAGAAUUGAGGGGUUUCUCUGCCUUUUAAUGAUCUUUGGAAUGGUGUCGACCGACGAAUCAACCUGCUGUUCGGGUUCUUUGCCCAGAGAUCCUGACGUUAGGCUUUUGGAGUCUGAAGCAAAAAUUACGUAAGUUUUAUGGGAUUAGAAAGAUUUGAAAUUGAAUCAGAGCUUGAGAAAAGUGAGUUGAAGUGGUCACUUUAGAGCUAUGAAAAUUUGAGUACUAGUAGUAGCAGUUGAUUUCUGAAAUAACCCACUUGAAUCAUUCUUAGGGAUCUUUGGUGCUUAAAAAAGUCGUUUUCGGCAAAAAAUGCUUGAAAUUUCCCUAGAGUUGUCACUCAAAAAUGUUUCAAAUCUUUUCCUUUUUUUUCUCGUGUAUCUUAUCAAAGAAAAAGCCUUUUUUAUAUGCCAAACUACUUCAAUUCGGAUUAACGUAGCCGUUUUGAACUCUUAAGUAAACUCUGGGCGUAAUUAGGGGUCAUUGAAGGGUUCAAAAACAUUACUAUGAGACUUUAUGAAUGUUACUGUCUCGGUAUAGAAGAUCGGAAAAAAAUGACCAUAAAAAAAUAAAAUUUUAACUUAGAAAAUUAGAAGAUUAGUUAGAAAAAUUAUCCAUAGAGCGUGCCCUUAUGUGAUGGUUCGGCGAAUACUUUCUUUGUUUUUUGAAAACUUCGGGAGGUUUUUUCAGAUUCUUUGAUUUUAAAUAAGGUAGCCGAAUUUUCGCACACAGGUGCGCUCUACGUGAAAUUUUUCUACAAACAUUGAGAACGCUCUCCGGAAGUUCUAGGGGUCACUCAAGAGUGCUGACGCCACUAAAGUGGUCACUAGAAACGUCGUUCCGCGUUAGCAACUUCUGAGAAUGAAAUUCAAAAAAAGUUUAUAGUUACGGCUCUCAAACGGUCCUUGCGGAAUGCCCCUUGCCUAAAAAGACGUGUAUCGGGUCGAUGAGCGUGAGUUUCAACAUUCCUUUUUAUGAAAGUUAAUAUUCUUUAAGGUGUAUACUACCAACGGAACGCAGUACACUCCUGAUGGUUUGACGUUCGAAUUGCAAUGUUCGAAUGGAGAAGUUCAGAUGAAGAACUCGUGAGAAAGUUCAUUUUUGAUAAAAUUGAAGCAUUUAUUUUUCAGGACAGUCAGUGGAAUUUUCUGCGUCAUUAUUGGCUGUUGA